CGUUGACGUUUUUGUUUGACAAACCUGCCGUGCCGACUUGCAAGGUUUCAGACGGUUUCUUUUCAUAAUUUGGUAGAUAAUAGGCGAUACUUUGAUUAUCAAUUAGCACACGGCUAUUUGCUCAAAUAUCGUCUACAUCUGCACGCUAUUUGAACAGUUUUAUUGGUGACUUUAUAGUGCAAUUCGGUAAAGAUGAACGAUCUAUUUCUACGGCCGGAACAUGUCUUGCAAGGGGGCUACUUCCACUCUACGCUCCGGAAACUGCAGGAGCCGAAUACCAGCAUCGAGCCUCAUAAUAUUAUGUAUCCGGUAUUUCUACUAGAGAAUGAAGAUGCCAUUCAGCCGGUGGGCAGCAUGCCAAACGUGCACAGAUAUGGCGUCAACCAGUUGAUCCCAGCUCUCACCACCCUGGUGGACAAGGGACUCAAGUCCAUACUUAUCUUCGGAAUUGUCGAAACUAUGCCAAAAGACCCUACAGGGUCGAGCGCAGACGACGUUUCCAACCCGGUGAUCAAGGCUCUGCCGAAGCUCCGCGACGCGUUCCCGCAACUCCUGAUAGCGUGUGACGUGUGCCUGUGUCCAUACACCUCGCAUGGACACUGUGGCGUGCUCACCAACACUGGCGCCAUAGACCACGCCGCUUCUGUCAAGAGGAUUGCCGAAGUUGCACUGGCUUAUGCUAAAGCGGGUGCUCACGUAGUCGCCCCGUCAGACAUGAUGGACAACAGGAUAAAAGCCAUCAAAGAUGCCUUAAUAUCACAUAAACUGCAGAAUCAGGUGUCAGUGUUGUCGUACUCGUGUAAGUUCGCGUCGUCCAUGUAUGGGCCGUUUCGCGAUACCAUGAAGAGCUCCCCCAUGGAGGGUGACCGCAAGUGUUACCAGCUGCCGCCCGGCAGCGCCGCACUCGCCGCCCGGGCCGCCGCUCGAGACGUAGCUGAAGGCGCAGACUUCCUGAUGGUGAAGCCUGGGCUGCCGUACCUUGACAUUGUCAAGCAAACUAAGGACCAGUUCCCCAACCAUCCUUUGUUUAUUUAUCAGGUGUCAGGUGAAUAUGCGAUGAUCUCCCGCAGCGGCGACAGCAACGAGGUUCAGACUACGCUCAUGGAGACACUCACCUGCAUGAGGAGAGCUGGUGCCGACUGUAUUAUCACAUACUUCGCGCCGGUAAUACUAAGCAUAAUAUCUGGGAAACAUUAAACAACGAACUAAAACGUAGCAUGAUUAGAAUGAGCAGGACAGAGAUACAGUACAUCGCUUAGCGCGAAAGGGACAAGAGUAUGUCUCUUUUGCAAUAACGGUAUGCAGCUUAAUACGAAAGAGACGAGAGAUAUGUCCUUUUUGCAAUAACGGUAUGCAGCUUAAUACGAAAGGGACGAGAGAUAUGUCUCUGUCGCACUUAUGGUAUACAGCGUAGUACGAAAGAGACGAAAGAUAUGUCACUCUAAUCAUACUACGUCAUUUAGGGUAUAGAAUAAGUUUAGGUGUAGAGGGUACACGCGUAUUUUGGGUUCCUUUGGACUUGGUGCUUACUUUACUUGCUCAAUAUUGUUGCCUCUCUCUUACAAGUACAUCGACUGUUGUAGAAUUAUUGUUAAUAAAAUGGUUUUCUCUCUUC